GCGAGCGUCUCAGUGUAAUGGGAUUACACAGGAUUACAAAAAGCAGGCAGUCUGUAAUCCACACUGCUCAAUCCCAUUGUCGUGUAAUUGCUUCUUUUAAUCUUCUCUGUCUUCCGCCUAGAUUUUGUUUUCUUUCUGACUUUUACGGGGUCAAAGGUCAGAGCCAUCCACUUGUGGCCACCAGAGUGUGCACGUGGGCCACAUGCAAGGGCAGUGAAGUAAAAACAGGUGGAAACAAAUACAAUCAUAAAUAAAGUCAAACUUUUAAAGUAUAAAGUUGCUGAAAGUGAGACUUUUUGAUCCAAGUUCAACCCCCCCCCCACCUUCUCUAAUGGCCAAUCACAAUGGCCAGCCUACACACUUCCUCCUCUGAUUGGUCCAGCCCAAUGUUGGAGGCGGGGCCAGCACGCGGACAGACCUGGAGUGUGUUGAGGUGGAGUUUACGCACAGAAGACACUGGACUCUGUGGGGACGACAGUGGACUGUGAGGGAGACAACAGCGUGGACAAGGCGCCAAAAGUGGACACCAAAAGCGUUUUCCCGCCAGAGCAAAGUGCGCGCGGAAUAGCGUCCUCUCUUCCAUGUCGCUGCCCGACUCUCCCUCACUUCUCUCGGCGGGCUCGGGUGCCCCCACUCCGGCCACGCUGUACCGCUCGGCACCUCCGGAGACCAUCCUCACUUCCGUCACCUCCAGCCCGGCUCACGGCAACCCCCAUUCACUGUCCCCGCGGCUCAGUGGUGCCAUGCUCGGUGGCUUUCUGGCCGCGCCGGGAGGCGCGCUGGCCGGCUUGGGCAACGGCGCAUCCGCCCCGCUUGUGUCGGCGCUGGGCUCGCUGACCCCCGGCGCGCCCGCCUUGACUCAGAGCUCGUCCGGCGAGUGCAAGCUGGUGGAGGUGCACGGCGUCAAGGUGGCCAGCUUCAGCGUGCACGGCCAGGAGGAGCUCAUCUGUCUGCCGCAGGUGUUCGACCUCUUCCUUAAGCACCUGGUGGGCGGCCUGCACACCGUUUACACCAAACUCAAGAGGCUCGACAUCACGCCGGUGGUCUGCACCGUGGAGCAGGUGCGCGUGCUGCGGGGGCUCGGCGCAAUCCAGCCCGGCGUCAACCGAUGCAAGCUCAUCUCCCGGAAGGACUUCGAGAUCCUCUACCAGGACUGCACCAGCGCCAGCUCUCGCCCGGGUCGUCCUCCCAAGCGUUGUUCUUCCGGCGCCGGGAUCCAGGAAAGCCCCAGGCUGCUUCACCCGGGCCUCCCCGGCCUGCUGUCCCCCAGCCUGCUCUCGCACACCGGUCUGACAGCAGCCGCCAUGGCCGAGCUCCAAAAGCUGCAGAAGAUGAAGAUGAUGAUGAGUCUCCAGAAUGGAAACGAGUCGGACAAUGACGACUUGCACUCAAACGCAGGAGGAAGUGAGUGCUCCUGGGACAAGGAGCGCCUGAGCAGCCCCCCGGCCGGAGCCCACUGCGGUGGCCCUGGAGGAGGGGGCGGAGCCACCACCCCAGCAGGUGCGGUGGGAGGCGGAGGGCGGGGCCCCUCUCUGGGAGCCGUCAAUCAGCAGCAACUCCAGCAGCAGCAGCUACUUGCUAACAGGCUGGACCUGCCGUUCAUGAUGAUGCCCCAUCCGCUGCUACCCAUGGGCUUGCCGCCUGCCUCCGUUGCUAUGGCGAUGUCACAGAUGAACCAUCUCAGCACCAUCGCCAACAUGGCCGCCGCAGCUCAGCAGAUACAUAUUCACCGGGCGCCCGUUAUUAAGGAGCGUGUGUGUGACAGCCCCUCUCUGUCGCCCUCCGUUGACGACACCAACACGCCUCUGCAGUCGCAGCCCAGUAGCUCGGCCUCCAGCUCGCCAGAAAGACUUGGCCUGCUUUCGGCUGAUGCAGAUGUUGCACUGGCCAACUCCGCAACACCCAUCAAGAAAAUAACAAAGGACAAAGAAGUGGAACCUUUGCUGGGACAAGCCCUACACCCAGGCUUCCCCACGCCCUUCUUAUUCGCCGACAGCCUGUCUUCCGUGGAGACGCUCCUCACCAACAUACAGGGCCUUCUGAAGGUGGCGGUAGAGAACGCCCGUGUACAGGACAAGCAGAUUCAAGCAGAGAAGAGGGAGCUGAAGAUGGAGCUCUACCGGGAACGAGAGAUGAGGGAGAGUCUGGAGCGACAGCUGACCUCCGAACUGCAGAGCAGAGCCUCCAUCCAGAAGCGUCUGAAGAAGGAGAAGAAGGCCAAAAGGAAGCUGCAGGAGGCGCUGGAGUUUGAGUCCAAGAGGAGGGAGAGAGGGGAAGACACCCUAAAACACUCGUCUUCGUCCUCGCCGGACAACGAUACAGCCGAUGCUGCAACCCAACAGCGAGAUGAAGUCAAUGGAAGCCAGCAGGACGACGGGGAUGUACAAGAGUCUCGCGCUUUCCUGAAGACCACCAUCAUGUUCUAGAGAGAGGCGCAGCGAACCACCGGAAACGCCGCCCCUUUACUUACCACUCCCCCCCCCCCCCAUCUUUAUUUGAUGCCCUUUUUGUUACUCACAAAAAAAGCUUCCUUCAGUCUCCAGCGUGAGCACUCAUUCCUGUGCAAAGCAUGCUGGGAAGGAUGGACCAAACUUGACCACCUCAAAAGUUCUAAGACUUUGCUGAGUCCACCUCAGACUCGACCAGAAUCGUCUUAUUGGACUAGAAGGAGGAGACUUUUGGGACGGGAUCAAAUAAACUUGGUUCGCCUCGUCUUCAUCUCCCUCCUGCCUGCAAGGAGUUUUUAGAACUGACGUGUUUUCUAUCCCCUCAAAGGACGAAAAAACAUGUAAAAAAACAAAACAAACAAACCUUUUUUAUGACGUCGUUUCUAGAAUGUUGUGUCCUCAACCUUUGACCUGCUGUGACCAGGAAGUGACUUGAGUACCACCCCUUCACCCUCCCCUUGUUGUGUUCAUGAGAGCAGCAGGUGAGCAAAUCAAGCGCUCCUCUCAAACUCUUCCUGUCACGAGAGGGGGGAGGGGUCUGAUGGAGGCGGAGCUAAAGGGUUCUUGUGUGUAGAUAGAAGUGACCACUCACUGGUUUUUGUUUUUUUUCCCCUCAGUGUCACUGUUGUGUGGCUGUGGUCGACUGCAAAUAUACAGUAUUACAACCUUCACUGUCGCAUGGUGCUCUUUUAAACACACACGGGCCACGUUCCAUUUUGCUUGUGUAUUCACUGUUAGGGACUUGAUGAGGUGGUGCCUUCCUGUCUCCUUGUGUCCUUGUCUCCUUCCUGUCACACCUUUUGAUGUCCAUCUCUCCGUCUCCAUCUCCCUCCAAAUAGCUGAUGUCACUUUUUCCAUUUCCCCAUAAUGGAGGCAGAAACACUGAGGGAUGGGCGUGAGGACGGACGGGACAUGAUGGAGGGAUGAAGAGCGGACGGCGUGAAGGAUGUGAGUAACCAUGGGGGGAGAAAAUUAGGGUGUGGGGUUGAUGGAAAGUGAAAGCUGGAGGAUGUGACAACAAACAAAGUCACCAACCUGUCACGGUAACCAUGGUAAUGCCCCAUCAGGACCAGGUUUUUAGUACAGUGGAACCCGUUUAUGUUGACGCCCCUUGGACUGGCUGACUCAUAUCGACAUAGGUUGGUGACAUAACUGAAACAUGUUUCUCUGUAAAUAAUUGAAUGCAUUAAAAAAGGAAGACUACAAACAAUUUUUCACCAAGGACCAGAUACUCAGAAUUAUUAAAGAAUGUCAAGUCUAUUUUCCAAUUCAACAUAAAUAUGCUAAUAAAUUGUAUGCUCACUUUACAUUUAAAGAUAUAUUAUCACUGGCAAAGCACAUUAUUCCAGUGGUUCCCUGCCUAUUCGUGUAUUUUUAAUUGUUUGUCUAUGGGAAAAAACAUGUCCAUCUGCACAUUUUAUCUCCAAAAUAUUUCCAUAGAAUGCCACACCAACCACAUUCAUACAAAGUCGACAAUAAUGUAUUCAUAUUAAUAAAGCAUAGAACAGUAACACAGCAUACAGCCCAUGUUUCUGAAGUGCAAUGAAAAGUGUUUCCAGAAGGUGGCAGUAUAACAGACUUAGACUUAGACAAACUUUAAUG